UGGCAAGGUAGCUCACCAUUCUCACAAUCAAGCAACAAAAGAGCAACUUACAUUGAUCAAGUGUUUAGGGAAGAGUAUAAAAUCUUAUUAACCACUUGGAUUCAUCAAACUGGAGUCCGGAUGGCUCAAGGUAUUUCUUUUGCUUUCUUAAAUUUAGUUUUCAAGAUCAUUUUUUACUCUUGAAAACAAAUUUAGUCAGGAAGGACGGCAUUAGAUAUGACACACAAAUUGUUAAUAUAUUUCAACACUGAAAGAUGGAUAAUAGAGAGACUUUGGAUGCGGUCCCUAGCCACUACUAUUAUAUGGUUGAAACGUUAUUGGUUUUCAAUUUUAUACCAAAGUCUCUAACAUUAAUACAUUUAUGUAUAACCGUAUCGGUUAUAGUGUAUUGGACAUAUUAAUCUGUCACACAUUUAAUUGUUUAAAAUUUUCUUCUUCUGCAGAGCUUUUACAAAAGAAGAAGGAAGAUACUCUAUCCUUCAUAAAAACAUGGGAGGAGAAACAAAAAACCAAAGUUGAUAACAAAGCUAACAAAAGGCUGGCCAUCAAUGAGGAGAGAAAGAACGCAGAUCAAAUAGACCUGGAGGCCGAAGAGAAGAAGAUUGAGACAAAAGUUGAGAAGCAUAGACACAGGGAACUGGAAAAGCUGAAGAACAAAGAAGCUCACUCCGCGAAGAUCAUAGAAGACAGUAAGGUCAGAAUUGAAGCAAAACGCAACAAAGGACAUCUCAGUGUUGAAAAGAAGGCUGACAAAUUUCGUAACGCCAAUACUUUGCCAACCAAGUGCUUUGGCAUGUGCGUGGACGAAUAAAGAUUUCGCGUUUUCUCUUUCUCUACAUGCAUGUUUAUUUCUGUUAGUUAAUUAGCAGUUCAAAAAUUAUAAAUAAAUUGAGGCAUACGGGGAUUUACCUCACUUGAGAAGUUGAGUGUGGGAUUAUACAAAUAAUUGUACUAUUUUAAAUAUAAAUAACAUUAAUUUGUUUUUAAUCUA